AUGAUACACAGGCUGGUGCUUAAGCUGGAGCAAUUCUCUAGAGAGCUCGAGACCGAAGGUGGAGCUUCCGGCAAAGUCCGGAACGUUGCCAGAGAGCGAUAUUGGGAGGCUGAUUCACCUCUAACGAACCCAGAGAACCCAUUGGAGGAAGAUGUACCGGUAUCUCAUUGGACCGCACUCCAAGUCGAAAGCUGGGCUCUUUACCUAGAGUCUCAACUCCUGUUCGCCAGUGUCGGUGUAAGGGUCAGCCUGUUUCAUGAUCUCGUUUCCACCGUGGAGACCGAAGAUGAGAUAGCGACGCAGUUCUGGGUCGAUGCCAUGAACCGACUCUUUCGCCAUCCCAAUCAUAACCUGGGCUCUGCUUCGGACAUCAUCGAUACCCAUUUCGGAGACGACUGGGCCCCUACAUCUGAAGUCAGCGAUUCGGACACUGUAUCCUCAGUGGAUUCUGACUAUCCCAACAAGAUAUGGUACAUAGGUUAUACGCUGAGGGCAGAUAUGGAGAUCCCCAUAACGCGUUUUGCAUCACGCAUAUUUCUCGAGCUGCAGCGAAUGUCGGAAAUUCCGCGUGGCCGUGUCAGAGCGUUUUCGCUUGCUCUCAAGCUGCGCAUGGACGUCCUGGGAACAAGGCGAUUGAACCUGUUCGCAAAUUUACUGCCUCUUGACGAGAUAGAAGCGUUCCUCUUCGAUCAGAUCGGUCAAGAGCGCGACAAUUUGUACCCAGAACUUCCACUGGACUUUGCCCAGGCAUUCCUUUAUCUGGAUUAUUUCGGCUGCGCUGAAUCAGAAAGCACAAAUACCCUUGCUCAACUCGCAUCUCUUAUCGACACCAUGUUACCACUCGUAUCGCGAGAUUUGCGGCGAGAAUAUCGACGGAAUCUCAAUCUGGCUUUUGGCCGGCGACUGCCACCCGAUGUGUACGAGGAAAUAGUGGACCACAUCGAGGAUGCGCAUGCUCUUCCCAAGAGCCUCGUUGAGUGGAAUGAGACAAUACACUACGGGCAAGUCCCCGGCGCAUGA